UUAAUAAAACUUCUAAAAAAUCAAUAAAUAAUCCGGUUCAAUUAAUUUUAAGGUUAUAUAUUUUCCUGUUAUUGUGGUCUUAAUGAUUAGUUAACAUAAUUUUGAAUAACUUGGUAUGAGAAGGAAAAUUGUGUUAAAGAACUUUGUCUUCCCGCUUAUUCUAAAAAAAAAAACAAAGAAAUACGACAGUCGAAAUUGAGUUGGCUUAAACAAGUGAUAUUAAUUUUCAGUGAAGUUUUUAUUAUAAAAAGGCGAUGACGUGGAAAAGUUUUUUAGUGAUAAAAGUUUUGUUUAUUGUUUUCUCAAAUGCACAAUAUGAAGGUGACACAUGCACAAAUAAUGGUGUUCAAGGUACAUGUAAAAUACUUCGCAACUGUCAAUCUGCAGUAAUUGAUAUGAGAAAGGGAAUACCACCUCAGAUCUGUUCGUACGUGGGAAUGGAUGCAGUUGUGUGUUGUGCAGAAUCUUUUAACCGUGUAACAUCUCCCAGACCUUACCCGCUUACUACUGUUAGAACGAGAAAGAAGACGACUCCAGUGAUACCAACAUAUGAUUAUGUGAUAAACAACCGUUUCUUCAGUAACGAUGGGACGUGCAAACCGAUCGAUCCAACACUCACUUCGCCCAAAACUGGACAGAAAGCUUGGGAUAAGUGCAUUGAAUACCAGGAGAAGCUGGUCUAUCCUUGUAAGAAGACCAAUUCAUUAUCAGCAGAUACAACCGGAGUUCAUCAGGCUCGCGUCACCAGCUGCAAUCAUGAUGUUGACAAGCUUAUCAUAGGUGGUAUGAACGCCAGCAGCGCGGAGUUCCCGCAUAUGGCAUUGCUCGGAUACAAACAGAGUGAGGAUAUACUAUGGUCUUGUGGUGGUUCCAUUAUAAGUGAAAGAUAUAUACUGACUGCGGGACAUUGCACUUACAGCGUUGGCGUAGGUCGUGUGAAGUAUGCCCUAGUUGGUAUACUCAGCAGGUUAGAGAUAACCGAAGGUUCCCAGCGGUAUGACCUGGAGAUGCCAAUCAGACAUCCAGACUACAAACCACCUUCAAAAUACAAUGACAUUGCGUUACUCAAGACUACUACAGAGAUAAUACUAAGCGAUACUGUAGUACCGGCGUGUCUGCAUGUAGACAGGAACGCGGAUGACACACGUGCGUUAGCUUCAGGCUGGGGAUUUACUAAAUACAGGGGCAGUACAUCUGAUGUACUACAGAAGGUAAUUCUAGAGAAGUUCUCUGAGAGUGAAUGUUUAAGACUGUAUCCAGGUAACAGAUAUUUGAGACAUGGCUUUGAUCCAACAACUCAGAUCUGUUACGGAGACUGUGAUGAGUCUAAAGAUACUUGUCAGGGUGAUAGUGGAGGACCAUUACAACUAAAGAAUCAGAAGAUCAAAUGUAUGUAUACGAUAGUUGGUGUAACAUCUUUUGGUUCAGGAUGUGGCUUGAUAGGUCGCGCUGGAGUUUACACAAAAGUGACAGCUUAUUUACCGUGGAUUGAAAGUAUUGUGUGGCCCAAAUAAUAAAAGACUAAUACAUAUUG